CAGGUGCGGCACGCAGGCGCGGCGCACCGGCGCAUGCUCCGUAUGCCUCCGUCGCAGCUUGGGCGCCGGCGCGGGGUCGCUAAGUGCCGGCCGCCCCGCCACUGUCCGGCAUGAAGGGCUGGGGUCUCGCAGCUCCCUCCUCCUCGCUCCAGCGCCAUGGAAUGCCUGCGGAGCCUGGCCCAGCUCCUGCCCCGCGCGGUGGGGCUGCCCCGGCGCACCCUGUGCGCUCUGGCCUUGGGCCUGACCCCCGGCACUCGCCCCGUCGUCGCCUACGGCCGCGUCACCGAAUUGCUCGGAAGGAGGCGGGCCGCUCCGCUGUGCUGGCCCCGCCGGCUCCCUGUGACAGGUGAAAUUUACCGGAAUAGAACUUCAGAUGUGUCUCAAGCCACUUUAGCCAGUGUAUCUCCAGUGUUUACUGUGACAAAAUUUGACAAAGAAGGAAAGGUGACUUCUUUUGAAAGGAAGAAAACUGACUUAUAUCAAGAAUUAGGUCUUCAAGCCAGAGAUUUGAGGUUUCAGCAUUUAAUGAGCAUCACAACCAGAAACAAUAGGAUUAUCAUGCGAAUGGAGUACUUGAAAGCUGUGAUAACUCCAGAGUGUCUUCUGAUACUAGAUUAUCGUAAUUUAAAUCUGGAGCAGUGGCUUUUCCGGGAACUCCCUUCACAGUUGGCUGGAGAGGGUCAACUUGUCACGUACCCUUUACCUUUUGAGUUUAGAGCUAUAGAAGCACUCUUGCAGUAUCGGAUCAACACCCUUCAGGGGAAACUUAGCAUUUUACAACCACUGAUCCUUGAGACAUUGGACGCUUUGGUGGAUCCCAAACAUUCUUCCAUAGACAGAAGCAAACUGCACAUCUUGCUACAAAAUGGCAAAAGCCUGUCAGAGUUAGAAACAGAUAUUAAAAUCUUCAAAGAGUCCAUUUUAGAGAUCUUGGAUGAAGAAGAGCUGCUGGAAGAGCUCUGUCUGACAAAGUGGAGUGACCCACGAGUCUUUGAAAAGAGCAGCGCGGGGAUUGACCAUGCAGAGGAGAUGGAGUUGCUGUUGGAAAACUACUACCGAUUAGCUGAGGAUCUUUCCAACGCAGCUCGGGAACUCAGGGCACUGAUCGAUGAUUCACAGAGUAUCAUAUUCAUCAAUCUGGACAGCCACCGUAAUGUGAUGAUGAGGCUGAACCUACAGUUGACCAUGGGAACCUUCUCCCUUUCCCUCUUUGGGCUAAUGGGAGUUGCUUUCGGAAUGAAUUUGGAAUCUUCCCUUGAGGAGGACCAUAGAGUGUUCUGGCUGAUCACAGGAAUUAUGUUUAUGGGAAGCGGCCUCAUCUGGAGGCGCUUGCUGUCAUUCCUCGGACGACAGCUGGAAGCACCCCUACCUCCUCUGAUGGCCUCUUUACCUAAGAAGACACUGCAGGCCAACAGAAGGCUAGAAAUGAAACACAGCUUCAGGCCGGAUGGACUUGGAUCAAGCAGGGGUAUCCUAACAAAUCGUUAGGAAUAACCUGAUGGAAACUGAACAAUUUUUUUUAUGGUAGUCACAGGGAAAUUCUAGUGUCUUUUUAUUAUUUUAUGGAGUCAGAGACUUGAAAGAAAAUCACUGACACUUAAAUUAUAAUGUCUGAUGAUAAAAAUAUUAUGGCAGUCAUAGUACUGGAACUUAAUUGUAUUUUCGUGCUUGCUUUGUAAAAGGCCGAAAUUCUAUUUCCUACAAACUUAAAAGGCUGUUUUUAUAGAUGUAAGACAUGGAGAGAUUAACUUAAUCCAGGAUUAGAUUGUGGUAUUGAUUUUAUUUAAUUUAUACAUGUUAACGAAACUGCAACUUCAUGCCAAAUGAAGCCGGGAAACUUGCCAAACCCGUAGUUGUGAGAUUAGGUAACCACAGUUCUUCCUGUAAGGAAUCAUGUUCUUGUGAAUUUCCUGACUCUCAGGUGACUAAAAAGCUAGCAUAAUAUACAUUAACCUUAAACUUUAAACCAGUCUCUGACAUAACUGUGUUCUCUUAUGUUUGUGCCCCACCCCCGCCUUUCCUUCUCCUACUUUCUGGCCCCAUGCAGGCUUUCAGGUCCCUGACCAGGGGAACCAGCUCCCGUGGGAACAUAGCUCCCAUGCCCCCUGCAGUGGAAGUGUGGCAUUUCAAGCCCUUCACUGCCAAGGAAGUCCCUGCCCGUUUUUAUAUAAGGAAUACAAAAAGGAAAUGAGACAUCAAUAUUAGCUUUGUAUAGGUUCCAAUUAUUCAGAAUUUUACUUCCUCAACCUAUGAAACUAUCUCUCUUUGCUUGACUGUAAUUAAAGCUUUUGGAAAUAGUUGAAAGUAUUUCCAUUCUGUUACUGUUUGAUAGCUGUUUUGACCAUUCCUUGGAUUUUAGGACAGACAUGUCACACCAAACAGGAAAAUGUGUAGCAAGAUUAACGAGGCUGCACAUGUUCCAUCUGUUUGGCUACACCCGAGAGGCUGGCUGGUGGGCUUCCUAAAACAAGAGGGUAAAUUUUUAAAUUGUGUUACCUUUUUAUUUUCACAGAGUUGAGUUUAAAACAAAUGGCUAAUAUUUCUAGGUCUCAAGCACCUAUGCUACCUGAUAUCUUCUAUGUUUUUUACAUUUUCUGGAGGUUAAAAAGUUACACAGUAGAACAUUAGUUAUAUUUAUCUCCAAAAGCAACAUAGACAAUUCUAGAGUCUAAAGCAGCUCUUGCACUACAAAAUUAGUAAAGAGAGUCCAUUUACCAGGCGGGUAAAAAUGAAUUAAAAUGCUUUUCCCAGUUGCUGAUCUGAAGGAGAACAAAUGAAGUUUCCCAGCUCCAUGUGUGGCUAUGAAAGGACCGCAGAAGCAUGAGGCACGCUGGGCUUGUCUUGGAGCAUGCCUUGUGGUGUGGCUGUGGAAUGUGAAUACCAUCAUACAUCUGCUCGAUUUCUAAGAUAAAGUAUCUUUGACAAUAUUUAUAUUUCACAGGGCACUCUUCUUUGGUAUACCUCAGAGCACUAUGUUGUUUUUGAUCUUCAGGUUAUCACUGUAAAAUAGGUAAUAUUAAUAAAUAUUACUUAACUGUGAUGAAAACUUGGAAGUCCAAGAGGCAAAAUGUCAUUUUGUUUAAGGUCAGGUACGGGAUAGAAUUUUGGUCUUUUCUUUCUGAUGUUGCUUAGCUAAGUAACAUCAUUUGAGGGCUUGGCUAAAAUAAUUUUGAGUCAGUGUCUCAUCAGUAAAAGGGGAAAUAAAUGCAACUACCUCACGAGGAUGAUAUAGGGAGGGUACUAAAGGUUUAUAAAGUUCUGAACAUGGUUCAGUCAAGUUACUUUCUAGAUGUCGGCUGCCUCUGCUUUGGCGAUAGCUCUUUAAUGUAAGAAGCAGCCUGCUAUCUAUCAAAUAAUAAAACAGCCUAUGCCAAAAAGAGAAAAGUUCAGUUUUAAAUAUUGAAUUUAAACAGAGUAUAUAAAUUAUUUGUAAAUAAGGUGAAAGAAUACCAAAUAUUCAGUUAUGAGAAGGCAGGCAAUCGUAUCCUCUUUAACGUGUACAGGGAAUGAUAUUCUUAACCUGUUGUCAUUGUAAGCCCUCUAAGAAAGUGUAGCAAAAAUAGGUGUCAUUUUAAGAUACUAUUAAUACUUGCUUUACUCUUGAUAGACUGAUAACCACUAAAUAAUCAUUAAAAAGCCAUAUAUUUCGGUGAGUUAUUCCAUGAUUUGUACACAGCUUUAUGUUUUGGAAAAUUAACAUUAAAUAUUAAACUCACUUUAAAUUCAGGAGUUACUGUCAUUUCUUUAGUAAUAGUUACGUAGUUGGAGCAUGGACUAGGGAAUUGAGAGACCUGAGUUUAUUCCCAGACUCACUUCAAAUCUCCCUAGGUCUGUGAUACAAAGGCACAAAUCAAUUCCAGUCUUGAAGCCUGUAAGACAGCCUUUGCAUAUACAGGUAAUGGACAAAAAUUGCAAAUAUGUAAAUGUGUUCUGAUAUCAUAAAGGUAAUUUUGAAUUGUUGCAUAAGUUCAGAUUUGUGUUCCUGAGAGAUUUAAACCCUAUAAAGUAUUAAGUAUGUCAGAAUCAAUCCAAAUGCGUCACUUGAUGCUUUUGAACUGCGGUGUUGGAGAAGACUCUUGAGAGUCCCUCGGACUGCAAGAUCCAACCAGUCCAUCCUAAAGGAGAUCAGUCUUGGGUGUUCGUUGGAAGGACUGAUGCUGAAGCUGAAACUCCAAUACUUUGGCCACCUGAUGCAAAGAGCUGACUCAUUUGAAAAGACCCUGAUGCUGGGAGAGAUUGAGGACAGGAGGAGAAGGGGACAACAGAGGACGAGAUGGUUGGAUGGCAUCACUGACUCAAUGGACAUGAGUUUGAGUAAAUUCCAGGAGUUGGUGAUGGACAGGGAGGCCUGGUGUGCUGCAGUCCAUGGGGUCACAAUGAGUCGGACAUGACUGAGCAACUGAACUGAAGUCAGAACCAGAGCUUAGAAUUACAGUAAAUUUAGUGUAGAAUGGAAACUUAAUCCACCUGUUAAGAUAAUACAUUAGUCUGUUGGAUAUUAGAUUUUUUUUCUGUAUGCCAGGUUUUUACAUAUUUUCCAUAUAUGCAGUAGGAUACUUCUUGAUACGGGUUAGCAUGGAUAUGAAGAUCUGCUUCUAACUUAGUAAAUUUUAACCGUCUCCUCUUGCUGGUUGCUGUUAUGUUUAGGCAGGAAGAAAAAUAUAACUCCUCAGGUAAAGAAUAAUCAUGUUUAAACACUGGCCCAAUCAUUUAGUAAAGCAUAACACUUUGUUUGGCAGCAGCCGGAUAAAGGUAGGCAUCCUUCUAAAAGAAGAGACACAGUACGAGAGCAUGCCUUUACUGAACAUCAGUUUGGUCUUCACUCAGAAUAAGGGCAUAUGAGUAAGGCGUUUCUGGUCCCCUAAAAAUAAACUUUAAUAAAAACAA